AACAAAUAAAAAUAUAAAUCAAAUGCCAAAAAUCACAUUUUUGGCGUACUCAAAGCUCAAUUUAAGGCUAACUCCAAGUCAAUGAAAAUUCAUUGUAAGGAUUUCCUUUAUUUAAUGAUUUGAAUUUUAUUGAGCGUGCGCCUGAUUCUGAAUAAUAUAUUUAUGUUAUUUGCGUACUAUAAAAUGUUAUGUAGAAAUAUUAGCGCUUAAUUUCUUACUCACUGAGUAAUUAGGUAUAAUUACAUUGUAUGUAUGUAUGUAUGUAUGCAAGGAUGUCAACUCUGAAGUAUGUAACAUAUGUAAAGAAUGUAAAUUGCCUAUAUACAUUCUAAAAGGUAACUCAUUUCAAAAAGCAAAAUUGUUUAUUAUUUAGCGAUUGGUUUUGACCUAAAGUGUACACCUAAAUUUGCACCGAUUUAAAAUAAUAGAGUUGACUAUUAUCUUAUGUUUGAACAGAUAAACAAUGCGUAAAAUGCCAAAAUAAAACGACUAAAAUGAGUUUAUGUAUAUUCGAAUGGAAUUAGUGAAAUACUAUUUGAACUGUUUAUUAAAACUGGAUUUUUUGCUUUAUUAAAUCUGAGAACCGGAGCUGCAAAUUGGUCGGUGACAUCCUGCCGUGAGAUUCGGUUCGUGAUUCAGCCUUUCACAUGCUUCAUAUUGAUGUUGGCUAACUUUCUACCCACCUCGUGAGUAUUGUUCGGUUCAGAGUCUGUAUUCCAGAAGAGCAGUAUUUUAGUAUUUUGAUGAAACGGUCUCAUUGAAAUAUCUGGUUAAUUUGUAUGCGUGCCUCCACUGUUUACUUUUUGAUACAUUCACUUAAAAGCAGAUAUGUCCGAAGAUAAUUCUCAUAGCAGGGAAUAUGUCUUGGAAGCAGACUCCGAGCUACGUUUUGAAAUCGAGCAAAAAGAUGCCAAGGUUCUUGUUACGCUCGUCACAGGUUUUGCAGAGCUUUUUGGCACCGAACUGGUGAAAAAAAAGAAAUAUGAGUUCGGUGUUGGCGCCAAAGUGGCUAUAUUUACCUACCAAGGCUGCGUGCUGCACGUGUCAGGCAAAAUGGAUGUGUGCUAUAUCUCAAAAGAGACACCAAUGGUACAAUAUAUAAACUGCCAUGCAGCAUUGGAGCAGUUUCGCAUCGAAGCCGAAGAACGGGACAAGCGCGGCCCUGUUGUAUUGAUCGUAGGGCCUAUGGACGUUGGAAAGAGCACACUGUGCCGCAUUCUGUUAAACUAUGCAGUACGCGUAGGCAGGCGACCACUUUACGCAGAUCUUGAUGUGGGCCAAGGUGCCAUCUCCAUUUCCGGCAAUGUUGCCACUAUCCUUAUUGAACGACCAGCCAGCGUUGAGGAAGGAUUUACAAAGACAGCGCCACUAGUUUAUCAUUUUGGUCACAAGUCCCCUGGUGCUAAUAACGUGCUUUACAAUGCUGUCGUCUCGAAAAUGGCUGAAGUAACACUGCAGAGUCUGGAUGCCAAUAAACGAACCAAAAGCUCUGGGAUCAUUGUCAACACAUGUGGAUGGGUGAAGGGCUCUGGCUAUGCACAUUUGUUGCAUGCAGCACGAGCUUAUCGCGCUCGCGCCGUAUUCGUAUUGGAUCAGGAGCGUUUGUAUAAUGAUUUACUGCGCGAUGUGCCUUCAAACGUCCAUGUUGUCCUCUUGCCAAAAAGUGGCGGCGUAGUGGAACGCAGUAAAGAAUUGCGCCACGAAUCCCGCGAGCAGCGUGUCAAGGAAUAUUUUUAUGGUAAUACACGUACACCUUUCUAUCCCUUUUCGUUCGAGGUCAAAUUUCAGGACCUACGGCUGUACAAAAUUGGCGCACCACCAUUACCCGAUUCAUGUAUGCCAAUUGGUAUGAAAGCGGAAGACAACAAAAAGAAAGUUGUACCGGUUUCACCCACUCCGUCGCUGCUACAUCACAUUCUUACGCUCACUUUUGCAGAGUCUACGGACGAUGAUGUUAUUGGCACUAAUGUUGCAGGCUUCUGUUGUGUCACCGAGGUGGACAUGGAUCGACAAUCUGUUAUGCUGUUAUCGCCACAGCCACGGCCGUUGCCUCCAAAUGCAUUGCUUUUGUGGUCAGAGAUACAGUUUAUGGACAAUCAUGCCUAAUAUUCACCUUGACAAGAUUAGUAGUAUUAUGUUUGUAAAUAAAAAGAAUGAAAAUUA